UGCAAAGAAUGGGAAUUCCUUGUAAGGGAAGUGUUUGGCUGCAACCUGGGCACUGGUGAUUAUGGCCACAUCACCACUGAACAUGCCAGCAUGCUGUUUAGAAACCACCUCAGCUUGAGGGAGUAUUCAAAUCAAGGCUUUGAGGCAGCACACUCAUCACAGUGUCAGUUAUAUUCAAAGGCUACUUCCCAUGACAGGCAUGGUCAUGCUACAUCAAGUUAGUUUUAUAUUUUACUUUUUAUUAUUAUUACUUUUAUAUUAUCAUACAUCUCAACACUACAGUACUUGAAACUAAUAAUUUAUCACCUACUUAAAUAUUGUUAGAACUAAACUAAAGUACAACUCUUUUUAUAGAAAGGUUAGGAAGCUCAACAUUUCAUUUUCACAUUGUUUUGUGAUACCACAGAUGAUGCAUAGUUCAUAAGGACACGAAAAGCUCUUGAAUUUUAACUACCCUCUUAAAAGCUCCUGAAUCUAAGUGGAGUCAAUGGAAAAUCCUUGAACUUUAAAUCUUGUUUUGAAUAUCCUUUAAUCUUAAGAGUUUUCGUUGUUAGCAAAAUAAUUUCCUGUUGGAGAACAUCCAUAGGUAUUAAAAAUACCUUUAGCAUCAGUUUUUCAUGGGAUUACUGCAAACUGUAAACUGCAGUCUGCAGUCACCCAUUUGCAGUUCUUUAGGCAGACAUUCAUUGUUUAUCACCAGCUCUAACUUAGCACAUCAGAGGGUGGUGUAGAAAGCUGCUUCGUGCUUUUAAAUGUAAGGCUGAACAAUAAUAUUAUUGUUAGUGGCAAAAACAUUGCUGUAAGUCACCUACUGCUGUAAGCCUUUCCUGCCAUUCGAACUUGAACUGCAAACUGCAAACGCAACCAGAAGAUUGACCAGUCAACUUUCUUAUAUUUGAGACCUGUUUGCAGUGUCCCAUGCAUGAAAAACCUGAUGCUAAAGAUCUUUAUUAAAAUUUAAAUGCCAAUUUACAGUUAGUAUUGAAGUCAUUGUUCAAGGCAUACCAUUCUUAGUAAAAUUAAUCAGUGUUUGGGAGUUACACUGUACAUGUUCUUGAAUAAUAUGUAUCUUAUUGAUGUGUGAAAACUAGAAUCCAUUGGGGGAAAAGGCAAAGUCUGGUUUAAUCACAUGUUCUUGUUGGUAUUGAAGUUGUUGGCACUUUUGAUUAAUCAACUUUAUUUCAUUAUAUUAAGUCCAACAGAUUUUGCAACAUUUCUUUUGUGAAAAGUUACUGUUCCUGCGGCUUUGCUUCAGAAUGGCUAUAGAGAGCAUGGAAAAAUAAUGGUGAUUAUCUUCUAAAAUGUUUGCAGCUAGAAACUUUAUAUAAUUGAACUUCUUUUUAUGUCAGUCCCUUAGAUGUGUAGUGAAAUGUAUUCUCCCUUGUUGAUCGAGACGUUAUGUAAAAAACUGAGAGUUGUGACAUAUUUCCAUAAAAAGCGUACACUAUAUUCAAUCGGUCGGCUACGAAGUUUAGAAAAAAUGCCCCCCAAGUAUGCAGUUUUCUCAACAGUUUUGUCCAAGAUUGUAGCACUGUUAGUAUUAAUACAACCCCAUGACAUGACCAUUGUGUAUCAAGGGUGCAUCAUUAUUGCAUCAGAUUACUGCAUCUCAACUGACUGAAUGUUCCUUAGCAUGUACAGCACACCCAGUGGUUUGUGUUCUUGCAUAAUAGUCCUCCCUUAAAAAGAAUACCCCCUUACUCUUUGUGAUGUGACUACCUAACCUGUUUUCCUUAGAAACUGGAAAAGAAGUUCAGAGAAGACUGGAAUUCUGGCUGGGCAGACUACGUGAAAUCGAGGAAAGAUAUGUGGAGCUGUCAGAGAAGUGUGUUGGUGGGUCGGUUGCUAAAGGGAAAUGA